AUGAGCGCCCAAGAUGCUACCGCUGGGCAAGUGAAUGGCGCAGCUCCGGCAGUGCCAAAGGUGGUGCCGAUGGAAGAGCCUCCAAGAGGAUCUGGUGAGGGUCCCAGAGAGCAAGCGCCUGCAGAUGAUACGACGGCAGCGGGGACUGUACCGUUGCCCUUUGUCAGUCACACGGACCAGAUGAACGCAGAGGUGAGAAGUGCUCAGCCUUCUGCGCGGCCGGAGCAGAGUGUGAGACCUACUGAAGAAGUGCAUCAACAAGGUGCGGAUGGUGGUAUUGGUGGCGUUGCGGGGCUACAGACUGGCACACAAAUCGGUCCACAAUGGGCCGCGAGUGCAGUGAUGCAGCCGCAGCCUACUGAAGAACAGCCGGGGCAUCUGGAUGCAGAUUUUCAGCGUGAUGAUGUUGAUGGUGGAGGUUUUCAGACUCCACGGCUGGGUGACCAGGCUUGGCGAGUUAUUCAAGCAGCCACCGAUUCCACCGGAGUGGCUGCCGAGUCCGAUUCCUUCGCGGAACUCGCGGAGGAUUGCUACGAGGACCCAGCAGCUCAGCAAGACAUCGAGAAGAUCCUCCGCUUCCUCGUGGACCUUUUGCAGCGCCAGAAAGUGAUCCUGAUCUCCGAAGGCCAGGUGUUGGUGUUGGAGUUCGGGAUGCUGGGGAAGAAGUUCAAGUACCUGUUCAAAGGAGUGAUCCUUGGAGUUCGUUGUGGGAAGGGAUCUCUGGAAAGCUGGGAGGGGACAGACGGUGAUGAUGAAGCCCCUGAGACAGUCAAAACGUCUAUGAUGAGUUUGCCAGAGCUUGCCGCGCCGGAGGGUGAGAUGAGUGGUUUGAAGUUUCAAGACUGGGUGGUGCAAGUUACAACAGCAAUGCAAGACUUGUCCAUGAGUUCAGGAAAGUGGUGGGAGAUCGUGAAGAAGGCGGUCAUGGACUCUUAUGCUACGUGGCUAGCUGCCACGCCUCUAGAACGACUUCAAGUGCAACCCCAAGGAGCUGUAGAGAUGGCAGCGGGGAAGUGGGUGCGAGUAAACGCCCGCGCUUGUGCAUUGCUGAUGCAGUCGUUAAGUGAGGUGGUGAAAGCAGACUCAGAUGAUGAGAUCGUCGCUGCGUAUCGUGGAGAACAUUGUGGCAUCGAGGCCGGUGUCUUCGGAUGGGACGGAGUCAACAAAGUUCAUCUAGAGCCAGAAGGAGAAGUUUCCCCUGUAGCCGCAGCUGAUGGAGUGCUUCAUGGGCAACCGGUGCUUUCAUGGGAGGCGCUUUUGCAGGCAGCAGCGAAAGUUGCGGCCGCCUCACCAGCUGAGCCGAAAGCCCCAACGAUGAAAGUGCUAUCCCUGAGCCCUCCCAGAGCAGAAGCAGUGGAUGGGUCGCAUGUGUUCGCGCUCGUGGACUCAGGUGCAACGCAUCCUCUUCGACGAGCCAAAACGGAGGAAGAAUGGCGAGCGGGCGACAGGGUUACCGUGAACUUAGCAGGUGGAGAAACCGUUGAGCUCAGGAUGAAUGAAGCGGGGACAUUGCUGGUUCCGUGUGCUGGAGCGCCGAGGUCCAGUUCUUCAGCCCCAAUUGUUCCACUGGGAUCUCUUGUGGGGAUGUUGGGCUAUCGACUAGAAUGGUCGGGGAGUCGGUGCAUGCUGACUAGUCGAGAAGGUGACGUUCUUAAACUACGAGUUCGGGAUGGUUGUCCGGAAAUCACGGAGAGUCAGGCUCUGGACCUUAUUGCCAAGAUUGAAGAAAAGAAGUUGGCGUCGCUGAAGACGGCUACGGGCGAAACCAGAGCGAAAGUGAGGGAGGCAGCAAUCUCGAUGCAGAAAACAUGGUUCGAUCACCUGUUGUCGUACUGUGACAGUGGACUGGGUUCUGAUGCAGUGAAGGCCAUACGAGAAGCUCCGUUCUUUGAAGGUGUUCCACCAGAAGCGCUGUAUGGACUUGCAGAGGCAGUUCCGUGUUCGAAUGGUUGGGACGCACUGAAGGGACUGAAGCAUCUCAACAGGCGGACUCGAAAGCGACUGUGGAGUUCAAAUCAAUGGGUCUUGCACCUCUAUGCAGGAAAGACCGCUAACCAGGAGAUCCUUUUCCUAGAGCGUCAGGGAUUCACGGUGCUGGAGUUGGAUUUGGAAAGAUAG